AGAGAAUUAAGCUGAAAGGAAGAGGAGGAGAAGGAGGAAAAGAAGAAGAAGAUCUGCAAAAUGUCAGACCUGGUGGACAAGGCAAAAAACUUCGUAGCAGAGAAGAUCGCGAACAUAAAGAAACCAGAAGCGACGGUGACCGACGUUGAUUUCAAGAACCUCAGCCGCGAUUCCGUCACAUUCAAUGCCAAGGUCUCCGUAAGCAAUCCUUACAGCACCUCAAUACCUAUUUGUGAGAUAUCUUAUACCCUCAAGAGCGCUACCAGAAUGAUUGCGUCGGGGACAAUUCCGGACCCGGGAUCGUUGCCGGGGAAUGUGACGACAGUGCUGGACGUGCCGGUGAAGACGCCGUAUACGAUAUUGGUGAGCUUGGCGAGGGACAUAGGGGCGGAUUGGGACAUAGACUACGAGUUGGAUUUGGGUUUCACGUUCGAUUUGCCGAUCAUCGGUGAUAUUACGCUGCCUCUGUCAACCAAGGGGGAGAUCAAGCUCCCUACCAUCUCCGACUUUUUCUAG